GCCACUCGCCCAAUCCCAAAUGACGCUUCUCGUCUUUUAUCCUUUCGCAGAUUCCAUGCAAUUUGCUCGCCUCUUCAGUCUUUGCUAAUCAGUCGUCACUUCAAGGAAAUUUCCAAAGCACCACCGUUUCUGGGUUUCUUGUCCUCCCUCUUGUACUUCGGUUCCUCCAGGAAAAGAAACUUUAAUGGCGUCUUUCUCAAUCGGCACCACCCCUUCCCACCUCUUCAAGAGGCACGAAUUGCUUCCGCCGUCACACAUUUCCCUUCUUCGCACCCACCCUUCACUUCCCUCUUCCAAGUCUCUGUUUGGCUCAUCUUUGUGUGGCACCAGAGGUUCGAGACUGCUCGGAAGUGGCAUUCUUGCUCGAGCUGAAGAGAAAGCCAAAGAGGAGUCGUCGUCGUCGUCGUCAUCUUCUUCUUCGGUUGAUCAACAGCAAGCUCAACCCAAUUCCGAGAUGCGGUUUAAGGACCUUACUUCUGGGUCAUGUGAUCCCCUAUGUUCAGUUGAUGAAGUAAGCUCACAAGAAUUUGAAGCUUCGUAUCAACCUGAGACUGAUUUGGUAAAAGCUCUAGCAAUUUUUGCUGCAGCUGCUACAGGAGCUGUGGCCAUUAAUCACUCAUGGGUUGCUGCUAAUCAGGAUCUUGCUAUGGCGAUUUUGUUUGUAUUAGGAUAUGCAGGCAUAAUCUUUGAAGAAUCUCUAGCCUUCAAUAAAAGUGGAGUGGGAUUAUUGAUGGCUGUGAGCUUAUGGGUUGUGCGAAGUAUCGGGGCUCCAUCAACUGAUGUAGCUGUCUCAGAGCUGAGACAUGCAUCAGCUGAAGUCAGUGAGAUAGUCUUUUUCUUGCUUGGUGCAAUGACCAUCGUGGAGAUAGUAGAUGCUCAUCAAGGAUUCAAGCUGGUUACCGACAAUAUAACCUCUCGGAAACCGCGUACUCUUCUCUGGGCGGUUGGUUUUGUGACAUUUUUCCUAAGUGCUAUCCUGGACAAUUUGACAUCUACGAUUGUCAUGGUGUCUUUGUUGCGGAAGCUAGCACCUCCUUCUGAAUACCGCAAGCUUCUUGGGGCUGUUGUGGUUAUAGCCGCAAAUGCUGGUGGUUCCUGGACUCCCAUAGGUGAUGUUACCACCACUAUGCUUUGGAUUCACGGUCAGAUAUCCACACUGCAGACAAUGAAGGAUUUGUUCAUCCCAUCGGCAGUUUCUCUAGCUGUGCCACUGGCUCUUUUGUCCCUUACCAGUGAAGUUAACGGGAAGGGACAGGAGUCUGCCGAUGUUUUGGCAUUUGAACAGGUGGCUCCUCGAGGACAGCUUGUUUUCUCUGUGGGUCUUGGCGCACUAAUAUUUGUUCCAGUUUUUAAAGCUUUGACCGGUCUGCCUCCUUACAUGGGUAUGUUGCUCGGACUUGGAGUUCUUUGGAUUCUAACAGAUGCAAUUCAUUAUGGUGAAUCCGAGCGGCAAAGGUUGAAAGUACCACAGGCUUUAUCUCGGAUCGACACCCAAGGAGCCCUUUUCUUCCUCGGAAUUCUGUUAUCUGUGAGCAGCCUGGAGGCAGCAGGAAUUCUUAGGGAGUUGGCGAAUUACCUUGAUGCACAUAUACCUAAUGUCGAACUGAUUGCUGGGUCAAUUGGGGUGGUUUCUGCAAUUAUUGACAACGUUCCGCUGGUUGCUGCAACAAUGGGGAUGUAUGAUCUGAUCUCAUUCCCGCAGGAUUCAGAGUUUUGGCAGCUGGUUGCCUUUUGCGCUGGCACUGGUGGGUCCAUGCUAGUUAUUGGCUCGGCAGCUGGUGUGGCAUUUAUGGGGAUGGAAAAGGUGGACUUCUUUUGGUACUUGCGAAAGGUGAGCGGCUUUGCCUUUGCGGGCUAUGCUGCUGGGAUUGCUGCCUAUUUAGCCAUUCAUAAUCUCAACAUCUCUCUUCCAACAACUCUGGCUCAUGUCCCGUUUCUUUCUGGCUCAUGAAAACUAUUUCCCGAGCAUGGAGUUAGUAUUUCGGAGAUGGAACAGAGGCCGUCUCUUCCAAGACAAUGGUUACUUGCUCUGCUGUUGAUCUACUAUGGAGCUCGAGCGGCAUGUACCAUACCAAAUGGAGAUUGGAUUCUCUGAGAACGUAGGCUACGUCAGAAAGAGCUUAUCGCGGCUGGCGGUGCAAAAGGUUUUCUUGUUUUUUUUGUUUCUGCUCUCUUUUACUGUGUAAUGAUGGCUGAUAAAAGCAAUAAGGUUCGGCAUGCUAAAAGUUACCGGAUGAAAAAGACUGAUUGUACUUCAGUAAAACAUACCGAAGCAGAAAUUCCAGGAGUUAUCAUGUAUAUGGAGUCAAACGUUGUACACCUAACACAUCAGGACAGUACGGACUUAAACCAGACUCCAGGGAUUCUUUGGAUUUUACUGUUCAUUCAACGUAUUGUGUCUGAAAGUGAUUUGUCUUUUUGUAUUCUGAUAUUCUUCUAUUCCUAAAUCAAAAUGAGACGAAUCCUGAA